UGCAGCGUGAAGCCGAGUCUCUGAUCUGUCCGACGCCGAUUGGCUCGUCGGAGAGAGAUCGCUGCUCCGCUGCACCGGUCAUGUUACCGCAGGGAGGGGAAAGAGGCCCAAUCUAAUCCCUGCAGAGGGGGCACCCUCAUUCAGACUGUGAUGUUAUUGAUGCACGGCUGACUCCGAACACGAGGAAGGAGGAGUCGUGGGACGGGGGAUGCGAGCGUCUCGUUGAAGCACUCUCGCACCGCUGCCUGGAGUUAGCACUUUGCAAGGAAAGCAGUAAUGGGAUUGUCUCUGGAGUGGAAAAUGAGCUGGAUGAAUCUGCAAAAACCCGGAGAUCUGACAUGAUGCAGCAGACAACACGGCUGACUGGAGGCUUUUUCUUUCCACUGUUCUCAUUAAACGGAGAGGACGAGAAUGGUGUUGCGUUAGUUUCUUUAAAGUAUUUUUUAUUUCAAGGUAUUCGUGCUCGAUCGACCAAAUCCAUGGAUUAUUGAGCUAACCAAAUCUGAGGGGAUUCAAAGCCACAUAAAACCUGCCCUAACUCCACGAUGUCUAACACGACGUUCAACAUGUCCUCCGACCGGGUUGAAGGCCCAGUUCCUCGGCCCCGCGACAGAGAGGCUCUCUCCCCCGACAGUCGGGACAGCAACUCGUCGCCUUCACCCGACUCCAACAGCAGCGUUUCAAAUCUGAGUGACGGAGAAGCCGACGGCUCCCCCGACGUCAACUUGCUCGAGUGCCGCCUCAGCGACGGCUCCUACAGUGCCACCGUACCGCAGGAUAACGGAUUCUGUGGCGUGAACCUCAACCAAACUUUUAUCACCACGCCUGUCGAUGGCAGUGUGAAUGUCUGGAACAGCACCGUGAGUCUGAUGAGCGACCACGAGAUGGGAUUGGAAGAGCACCAGUCUUUCGGUAAAGACGCGGAGAACGGAUGUAGCGGAGCAGCUCUGUCUCCAGACUCUGCCGGGAGGGAAAGCCAACCGAGUUCAGGUGAGACUUCCCGUCGAGGAUCCACCGAGAACGACCGCUGCUCCCUGAGCUCUGCGGAAAUGGUAAUAAGGAGCAACAGUUUCUGCCAGGGGGAUCAGUCGCUCCUGGUGGUGUCCUCCCUGGAGGAGUCGUACAUCUCUCUGGCUGCAGGCCAUGCAGCAUUCCCAUCUGAAUCCAACCUGCUGUCGACUACUUUGCCGGAUGUCCUCGAAAAAUCCACAGAUGGAGUCACCGAGGAGAACGCGGACUACCCCCGUCUUGGCAAGACUUUCACUCAGGCAGACCUUCCCCCUCAGGAAAAUUAUAUAACGGCGUCCGACUCUCUCGUAGCUCUGCCAAGUGAGAGCGGAGGUCUGUUGACGACUUUCCACUGCGAAUCGUCUCCUGCAGGUUGCGGAGACGAGGCCCAGUUUGCUUGUGUUGAAACGGAGCCGUCGCCGCGUUUCCCUGAAGCGUUUACGCCAGAACAAGGCCAGGUCUUUUCGUCCGCUCUGACGGCAGUAGAACACACCGAUAUGGAUGUUCAGACUUCCACUCCAGUGCAACACAGUGUAAACAUGAUACCCAUCCCCUCCUUUUCAGAGUCUCCCUGCACUGGAAACACGGGACUCCAACCCGAGAAACAGCAGCACAUCUCUGUGACUCCUCACUGUUUAGGACUGACGCCUUCCGCCAGCAAAGGCAAGAAAAUGGAAAUUAAAAAGUUUCCCCGGUUAAAUUUCAGCAGUAUAAAAUCUAAAGUUUUGACGAGAAGUGGGCAUCAAAAGUCGGGGUUAAGCCUCGUUUCACUGCACAAACCAUCACACGUGAGCAAUAAAGUCACUGAAGCACAAAGCGGAGCGCCUGUCAAGAGGAGUCCUGCUAACUCUCGGAGUCGCGCUGCACUUAUCGCCACCACCACCAGUAAACUGGUGACCGAUGCUCAGAAACGGAUGAAUACAGGGGCUGCUAAUUUGGGCGUAACAUUUCUCCAGUCGAAUGAGCAUUCUGCUGUGGACGGACCGGGGGAGAGUGGAGCUGCCAAUAAACAUGGUCCAACAGUCCAAAGCGGUGGCGCCGGCUCUGAAGUGGAGCUGGCAGCCUCGAGUCAAGUUGCAGACGCCGCCGUGCUGCAGUCUGGCAAAAAGACUCUUUGCGUCUCAUCCUCAGAAAAUAAACCUACAAGAAGUUGUCCAACGGAUCCCAAACCGACUCCAAAAAAGGGUGUGGUUAACAAAAUGGAGGUCCCGUCGGGCUCGACUUCAGGCCCGGACAAGCCUCUGGUGCUGAAGAUGCGGUUGCGCUGCUCAUCGGACAGUUUGCCGUCGUCGUCCAGGGAGAAGGGAACGACUUUAAAGUUGUCAACUAGCUUUACCGCUCCAAAGGCUGACGCCCACCUGGGCCAGACCACACUGGGGAACCUGAGCGGCUCCUCCCUGAAUAAACAGACCGAGGCCACAAACGUUCCUGUUGAAAUCUCCCCGAGAGAGGUUAAGAGGAUCAGCCUGGUGGCUCAGUCCAGUAAAUCGGCACCGGCGGGAGCCGCCUCGGAUGAGAGUCGGAGCCGAUUUCGAGGACUGAUGUCCAGACAACCCAGAGGAGGAGCACCAUUGUUAGAGUGCAGGACUUCUAAAGCUGUCGGGACGCCACAGUCCAAGCAGAAGAGCAGCACAGGCAGUCGGACAGUGCAGGCACCAGGAGAGCCGUCCCUUGGAGCGGCCUCAGCAGCCAGUAUUAAGCCUCAGCUGCACAGAGCCAGACCUCCUCAGACUCCCACUCGGCCUUCUUCUCUCAUGGGCCCUCCCCCUACUCCUUCUAGACUACCACGCAGGACCCCGGGGCCAUCCGGGACCCUCGCCGAGGCCGGUGUUCACGCUGAGCUGAGUGAAGGUGCCGGGAGCACACAAGUUUCUGGAGGACCUUCACAUAAACCAUCCCCUUUCAAAAAUCUGAAGGCGAGACUCAUCCCGACCCCGAGGAAAAACACUGGACUAUCUUCGGCCUCGGCAUGCAGACCUGCUGCUGCUUCCACCAGCAAAGCCUCUUCCAAUCCGACGGCCAGUCCUCUGAAAAGAACCGCGUCUGCAAGAUUUCGUCUUAGUGCACCCGUCGCAUUUUCACAGCAGUGCCAGUCGAGCUGUUUUCAGCUCAUGUCAUGAAGACUCUGUUGUCUCCUCUCCAUCCUGCUGCCGGUGACUAAAGG